UCCAUGUUCGAGAUGGUGAACAUCUCCCAAAUACAAGUCUUAAAUAUCUCAUCCGUGUUCUAAACCUGAAAUUCUAGUAAAGCAUACUUUUGGAGGCAGGAAAGGUGUAAGAAGGAGCCAAAGGUUUAUUUAAUUAAAAAAAAGGGAAAAAAAUGCGAAUCAAGGGAUAUAACGAGGCACCAGAAGAGAGCCUACCGCCAAAAAAAAAAGAAAAAAAAAAAGCAAGUAUAUAACGAGUUCUUGAAGUCACAAAAAUAUUACAAGUUCUUUAUUAUUUGGGAUUUGUAUAGUUAGUUAUAGCUCAACCGCCUCUUUCUUUUACCCGCCAAAUUUCACAGAGCACCUCUCCGUCUCGCUCUCAGUUCAUUCAUGGAGUCAAUUCGAGAACUCUGCCGCAUUUUGAUUCUGAUCUUCAUUUUCUACCCCACCUCAACGGCGAUUACAGCUCAAGGUCUCAACCACAAACACGAUGCAAACCCAAAUCUGAUCAAGAUGUUGGACACAAUUUCUCCAUUUCAACCAAGAAAUGUUACUUUUCACCUCCCUCCAGACCCACAGAUUUCUCCCACUAAAGUCCCUGCCCUGUUCGUAAUUGGCGAUUCUUCUGUUGAUUGUGGGACCAAUAACUUUCUUGGAACAUUUGCUCGUGCUGAUAGGCUUCCUUACGGGAAAGACUUUGAUACACAUCAGCCCACUGGACGUUUCUGCAACGGAAGAAUCCCUGUUGACUACAUUGCAUUGCGUCUUGGGUUGCCGUUUGUUCCCAGUUACCUUGGGCAAGGUGGUUCUAUUGAGGAUAUGAUGAAAGGAGUGAAUUAUGCAUCUGCUGGUGCUGGGAUAAUUUUCUCCAGUGGCUCUGAAUUGGGUCAACAUAUUUCUCUGACACAGCAAAUUCAGCAAGUUUAUGACACAAACCAACAGUUCAUACUGAACAUUGGUGAGGAUGCAACAGCUGAUCUGAUGUCAAGAUCUAUAUUUUACAUAUCGAUUGGCAGCAAUGACUACAUACAUUACUAUCUUCGUAAUGUGUCUAAUGUGCAAUCUGCGUACCUACCUUGGGGUUUCAACCAGUUCUUAGCAGAUACAAUGAAGGAGGAAAUUAAGAAUUUGUACACUGCAAACGUCAGAAAAGUGGUUGUGAUGGGACUCGCCCCUUUGGGAUGUGCUCCUUACUAUCUGUGGAUGUAUGGCAGCAAACAUGGGAGGUGUAUUGAGAAGAUAAAUGACAUGAUAAUGGAGUUUAACUAUGCUAUGAGAUACAUGGUUGAUGAACUAAAUCAGGAGCUCAUGGACUCCAACAUAAUCUUCUGUGAUGCAUUUGAAGCUUCAAUGGACAUAAUCAAGAAUCAUGACCAUUAUGGUUUCAAUGUUACUGCAAAUGCUUGCUGUGGUUUAGGGAAAUAUAAGGGUUGGAUAACAUGCCUUACUCCUGAAAUGGCAUGCAGUAAUGCUUCAAAUCACAUUUGGUGGGACCAAUUUCAUCCAACAGAUGCAGUAAAUGCUAUUUUGGCUGACAAUGUAUGGUCCGGUUUGCAUACCAAUAUAUGCUACCCCAUGAACUUGGAGGACAUGAUUGCUCAGAAGCAAAAUGAUUAGACAUGGAAGCGCAGCAAUUGACAAACUCUCCAUGCAUUAGACGGGAAUUUUGUUUUGCUUCUGAGAUCCUGUCAAACGUAUUUUGUAGCGUACUUGGUUGAUUUUGAAGCAACGUCAAACACCGAUGAGGCAGAUUUGAGUAUAAACUUUUUUGUUUUUCCAUUUGAUGCCUUGGUGGAUAUAACAUGUGAUUUUCCUCUUAUAAGCACUUCCUAGCCUCA